AUGGUGAGCAAAUCAUUCAUCCCACCAAAAGAAGAAUCCUCAUCAUCAGGUUUCUUCGUGCUGUGCAUCCUCCACUCGAUGAUUGCUAUAGUAUGCGGCUAUUUCAUCAUGUUCUGCCCCUAUGAGAUCUCUGUCGUAGGGCACGGAACCGAAACAGCUCGCAAACUACUCGGAUUCGGCUUACUCCCACAUGAUCAACUCGUACUUCAGGUCUCGGAUUCCUUUGCUGGGUUAUUGUUAUUUGUAAUUGGGUUCCUGCUGUUUAUGGUGGCUUUUGUGAAGGAUGCAGAUUUUCAGAAUUAUUUUGCAAAAGGGUGUAUUCUUCUUCACUUUGCCAUGGCUCUUUGGAGAGUUUAUUUUGAAACAAGACUUGAAGAUUUAGCAAAUGUUUGGCUGAGGCAAAUGAUUGGGGACUUUGUGUUGGCUUUUUCUUGGGUUUUCUUCCUUGUAUAUUCUUGGACUGAGAAAUAUGAUUAG